CCACUCUCGUUCCGUGGAUAUUUCUCUCUCUCUCUCUCUCGAUGCGACUGUGGAAAUGAUGAAUUCCAUGGCAACGGCUGCUGCUACCCCUUCUCCUUCUCCUUCUCCUUCUUCCCCCUCUCAAUGCGUCAAGUUCAGGACGCCUCUUCCCCCUCCGAAAUCCUCGAGAUCGCCGCCGCCGCCGCCGCCGCCGCAGCACCACCGAUCCUGCUGCCGCCGCCGCCGUGGUCGCGUGAUUUGCUGCGCCGGGCGGAGCCCUCGGUUUGUGGCCGGCGACCUCAAGUUCGCGUUGCACGACGCUUUGGACUCGUUGGGCGUCGAGACGACCCACGCCAAAGAGGCAAGGAAGGAAUUCCGCUCGCAGAUUGGAAAAUUUUCUGAUAUAGAGAGAGAAACCAGCAUUAGCAUCAACAGAGGUGUUGAUUUGGGGAAAACUGCUCUCUAUAUAGCGGCGGAGGAUGAUUCCCUUGUUUCUCACUCUUCAGUACCUCUCCCUGUGGAGGCAUUUAUUCAAAGAUUGGAUGACCUCUCGAUGGGAUACUGCUCGCACUACAAUUCUCGGUUCAAGUCAUCACCACAGACUUUUUUGGAUAGCUUAGAUAAGUAUUUAUACAGCAGGAAGGGAUUUCGCAGAAGCAGUGCCAGGAGUCUGCUAGAUUUUCGAUCUCUGUAUCUUCAUUCGGUUUUAACGCACCGCUCAGGGUCAGCUGCAAUGCUUUCCCUUAUCUAUUCAGAAAGCUUAAAAAUGCUCAGACUUUGGGGUCUGCUGAAUUUUGAUGUGGAAAUAUUCUUUCCACAUGAUCUUGAGGGUCUUCCAAGAGGCUAUGAUAAACAGCAAAGCAAAGAGUCUGAUCAACCACACAUAAUGACUUCACAAGCCCUACUUGUGCAGAUUUUGAGAGAUUUAAAGGGUGCUUUCUGGCCAUUUCAACACAACCGUAAUGAGAGUCUAUUCUUAAGGGCUGCACAAGCUGCUAAUUGUUCCGACAGAUCCAACGUUAGUGAAGAAAGUGGCUUUCAGCUUGCAUCUACCAAGGCAGCUCAAUACAGAUUGGAUCGCGGAGUUUGGACUACUGUUCGUCUUGGGGAUAUGAGGCGUGCAUUAGCCGCAUGUGAGCGUCUUAUUCUUCUUGAGUUUGAUCCAAAGGAACUAAGAGACUACAGCAUUCUUCUCUAUCACUGUGGUCUAUACGAGCAAUCUCUGGAAUUUCUCAAGUUGUACAAGGAGACAAAGAAUUCCUCUUUAAAAGACAUACCAAGUGAUCCAUCCACCAUAAUGGAGGAUGAUGCUGAAGAGAAACUCAUGGUACGCCUCGAUCUCAUAUUGAUGGAGGACGGCUGGGGAAGGCCAACACAAGCUAGGAAUUUUCUCAGUAACAAUUCUGAACCAUGGUGAAGUCUCAUCUAUAGUGUUAGAGGACAGUUACAAUGGAAGCUGCUUCUGUCACCAUUUAGGUUUGUGAAUGAUUAAACUAGAAUGAACCCCCAGGAACAACUGACUAGAGUCGAACAUGCAACCACAAGGAUUGGAAGGACUGUUAGCAUUGUAGUCUUUGGGGAAGAGGAGCGAGGUCAAGGGGACUGAGAACUCUUUGUUUAAGCUGGAAUUGAUGCUUUUGAACUAAUUUUUGGAGCAUGGUUCUUUGGGUCGAGCAAAAUUGACUCAAUCAUCAAGUGAAUCGCAUGAAAUUCAGGUCCAAAAAGGAUCGUUCAGCCUGGUGGAAAAGCUCAAAAAGCUUCCUUUUGAUGUACCUUGCUGUGGAUUGUGUGCGCUUCACGUCAUUGGCAACUCUUGUAAAUUUUGGUAAAUCGUUCUGUAUAUUCCAAGUAAUCUCUAUGGCAACGAUUACAUCAGUA